AUGAAAGCAGAGAGCAUUUUCUCAGAGCACGUGGAGGAGGUCAAACAUCAGUACCUGGAAACGUUUGACCCGAGACAGUACCAUCGGACUUUUUAUUCCUCCGUGGACGAAGAGGUCAAGUUCUUCCUCCGACGCUACCACGAGGUCUUCGCUAACGACCCAUUGCUCUCCGCUCGAUGCCGAAGCCGUCGCCGAGUGCUUGAAUUCGGAUGCGGGCCUGUUCCCGUGUAUGCUGCCUCUGCUGCCUUCUUCUCCGAAUCCAUCACCAUGGCCGAGAUCAUACCCGCCAGCAGAUCGGAAAUUGAGUCUUGGAUGGACUGCAGACCCGAAGCACUGGACUGGUCGCCGUUCUUUAGUUACCUCGCAAGUCUGGGAGACGGCAGAAAAGAAGAGGAUAUAUCCGAGCGCCUGCGAGAGGCCUUCCAAGUGGUCCUUCCCUGCGACGGAACCUUAGAGGAGCCACUCUUCCCGAUCCGCCAGAGGUAUGACGUGAUCAUGACGACCCUUUGCCUGGAGUUCGCGACCACGACCAAGGACGACCACCGAACUAUGCUCGGUCGCGUCGUCAAUCUGCUGAGGCCCGGCGGUGUGCUGCUGAUGGCGGGCGCCCUUGGCAACACCUCCUACUCCGUGGGGUCGACGCGCUAUCCUUCCGUCAGUCUACAGAAAGAGGACCUUGAGGAGGCAGUCGUUGCGGCGGGCUUGCGCGUGGCCUCCAUGACGACCCUCGAGCGACUGACAUCCUCGAAGGAGAAGCCGGCGGACCAUCGAGGCGUGUUCUUCGUCGCGGCGGAGAAGCAGGAAGAACCGGGCGUGUAG